AUGGAAGGGACGCUCACUGCCAGGGACAAGGUCGGAGUGCAGGACUUUGUGCUACUGGACGCCUACACCAGCGAAUCCGCCUUCCUGGAGAAUCUUCGCAAGCGAUUCAGAGAGAACCUUAUCUAUACAUACAUCGGGACCCUGCUUGUGUCCGUGAAUCCGUACCAGGAGCUGGGGAUCUACACUGCGAGCCAGAUGGAGCUUUAUCAAGGGGUUAACUUCUUUGAGCUACCACCACACGUCUAUGCCAUCGCCGACAAUGCCUACCGCAUGAUGUGCUCAGAGCUAAACAACCAUUUCAUCCUCAUCUCUGGAGAGAGCGGGGCUGGGAAGACAGAGGCCUCCAAGAAGAUCCUCCAGUACUUCGCAGUGACCUGCCCAAUGACGCAGUCACUCCAAAUAGCCCGAGACAGACUGCUGCUGUCCAUCCCAAUUCUGGAGGCUUUUGGAAAUGCCAAAACCCUCCGGAACGACAACUCCAGCAGGUUUGGAAAAUACAUGGACAUACAGUUUGACUUUCAGGGCAUCCCCGUAGGUGGGCAUAUCAUCAGUUACUUGAUCGAAAAAUCCCGCGUUGUCUACCAAAACCACGGGGAGCGGAAUUUCCACAUCUUCUACCAGCUGCUAGCGGGUGGUGAAGUGGAGCGCCUCACCUCCCUGGGGCUUGAGCAAGACCCCCAGCUCUACAAGUACCUCUCACAGGGUCACUGUGCCAGAGAGUCGCCUACCAACGACAAAAACGACUGGAAAACUGUGUUCAAUGCCUUUUUUGUCAUUGAUUUCACAGAAGCUGACCUUGAGAACCUCUUUGGGAUCAUUGCUAGUGUCCUGCACCUAGGCAACAUUUGCUUCAAGGAGGACAAACAAGGUUGUGCCAGCAUUCCGGACACACACGAAAUCAAGUGGAUUGCCAAGCUCCUGGGGCUCUGCCCGGCGGUUCUCCUGGAAGCUCUCACCCACAGAAAGAUUGAAGCCAAAACAGAGGAGGUGAUAUGCCCACUGACAGUAGAGCUCUCUGUCUAUGCUAGAGAUGCCAUGGCAAAGGCCAUAUACGGGCGGACAUUUACUUGGCUGGUCAAUAAAAUCAAUUCUUCCCUAGUCAACCAGGAUUUCACCCAGAAGACUGUGAUUGGGUUGCUGGACAUUUAUGGCUUUGAAGUCUUCGACAAGAACGGUUUUGAACAGUUCUGCAUAAAUUAUUGCAACGAGAAACUGCAGCAGCUGCUGAUAGAGAGGACGCUGAAGGCCGAGCAGGCAGAGUAUGAAUCUGAAGGCAUCGAGUGGGAGCCUGUUCAGUACUUCAACAACAAGAUCAUCUGUGAUUUGGUAGAAGAGAGACACAGAGGGAUCAUGUCUAUUCUGGAUGAAGAAUGCAUCCGUCCAGGUCCCGCCACAGACUUGAGUUUCCUGGAGAAGCUGGAAGAGAAAGUGGGCAAGCACGCACACUUCCAAACAAGGAAGCUGGCUGGUCCGAAGGGCUGGAAGAGGAUUGGCUGGUUGGAGUUUCGCCUCCUGCACUAUGCAGGAGAGGUCACCUACAGCACCAAGGGAUUUUUGGAGAAAAACAAUGACCUGCUUUACAGACACCUGAAGGAGGUGCUGUGUGGGUCCCAGAACAGCAUUCUGAGGGAGUGUUUCCUGGUGGCAGAGCUGGAAAACCGGAGGCGGCCACCAACGGUUGGGACUCAGUUUAAGAACAGCCUGAGUAGCCUCCUGGAACUUCUCACCUCCAAGGAGCCUUCGUACAUCCGCUGCAUCAAGCCUAACGAGAGAAAGGAGCCCAGCAAGUUUGACGACUUCCUCAUCAGUCACCAGAUCAAGUACCUGGGACUGAUGGAGCACCUGCGUGUGCGCCGGGCAGGCUUCGCCUACAGGCGCAAGUAUGAGCACUUCCUGCAAAGGUACAAGUCUUUGUGCCCAGAUACCUGGCCACACUGGCACGGCCCCCCAGGAGAGGGUGUCGAGAGGCUGAUCAAGUAUAUCGGCUACCAACCUCAGGACUACAAGUUAGGAAAAACCAAAAUAUUCAUCCGCUUUCCCAGAACUCUGUUUGCUACUGAAGAUGCCUUUGAAUUUAGUAAACAUCAAUUAGUUUCAAGAAUCCAAGCUACAUACAAAGGCUGCCUGCGGAGGAGAGACUACAUGAGGAAGAGACAAGCAGCCACAAAAUUAGAAGCCUACUGGCGCGGAGCCCUGGCUCGGAGGGAGAUCAAGAGGAGAAGGUGGGCUGUGCAGAUCAUCCAGAGGUUCAUCAAGGGUUUCAUCAACCGAGACAAACCCCUCUGUCCUGACAAUGAGGAGUUUGUAGUGCUCGUGAAGAAGAAUUACAUCUUGAAUCUUCGCUACCACGUGCCAAAGACUGUGCUGGACCAGAGCUGGCUGAGGCCUCCAGGCAUCCUGGAAAAUGCUUCGAACCUGCUCAGGAAGAUGUGCGUGAGGAACCUUGUUCGGAAGUACUGCCGGGGAGUCUCAGCCGAGAGGAAAGCCAUGAUGCAGCAAAAGGUGGUCACGAGCGAAAUCUUCAGGGGGAAGAAGGACGGCUACACAGACAGCUUAAACCAGCCCUUCGCCCGCAGCCGGCUGGAUGAAGGCGACAUAAAUCCCAAAGUGCUCCAGUUGCUUGGCAGUGAAAAGAUCCAGUAUGGCGUCCCGGUCAUCAAGUAUGACAGGAAAGGCUUCAAGGCACGGCAGAGGCAACUCCUCCUCACUACGAGGGCGGCGUAUGUGGUGGAACAUUCCAAAAUCAAGCAGAAGAUCGAGUACUCAGCCCUGAGAGGUGUCUCCACUAGCAGUCUGAGCGAUGGAAUCCUAGUCAUUCAUGUUUCACCAGGGGACAAACAGCAAAAGGGGGACGCCAUCCUGCAGUGUGACUACAUAUUUGAGGUGGCCACUAAACUGGCCAUGCUGAUUAAGAAGGAACAUGUCCGCGUUGUUCAAGGAAGCCUGCAGUUUUACAUCAGUCCUGGGAAAGAAGGCACAAUACUUUUUGAGACUGGAGUAGAAGACCAAGUCUAUAAGGAUAAAAGCGGACAGCUAACAGUGGUGUCAACAGGGAAGAAGACCUGA